AAAUGCAUACAAAAUGUUUAACUCAAAAAGCAAACAACCUCCGUGCAAAUCAUAUCAUAUGCAUGGCUUAAAGGGUUUUGCCUUCACCUCCCCGAUCGCUAGAGUUACUGUGCUCGUCUCCAUCUUCCCGUCACAGUCACAUCUCGUCCGUACACGUGGACCCACAUCCUCCUUAAGCUCACUAGCUGAUUGAUUCGUCUUACCUUUGGCCGUUUCGUCUCUCUCUCUCUCGUUUAAUUACUUGUAUCGUCGACUCUAGUGAUACUCUCGCUUCUCUGUUACAAGAUUGAGAGAGAAGAUAAAGAGGCAUAGCUCGUUUCAUAUCUUCUUCCUUCGACGCUGGAUUCAUAAGGGCAUGAUAUUUUGGUUAAGAUUUGAAUCAAUCUGGAGCAAUGUCGACUUUUAAUCUGAGUGUAGAUGUGAAUCAGAAUGGGAAUGUCAAGAAUGUUGAUUCUUUAUCUACAUUGGACGAUAUCGAUGACAUUGAUUUCGCCAAGUUGCUAGAGAAGCCAAGGCCGUUGAAUAUUGAUAGACUGAGAUCACUUGACGAAAGGUCUCUUCAUGAAUUAACUGGUUCACCACAGCUUAGAAAUGCGGAUAAUGCUUCUCGGGCCCCUGAUCACGCUGAUUAUGUGAUUUCACCAAGCGUGGGUAGGAGGUCUGGAUUCAAUACUCCUAGGUCACAGCCUGGAUUUGAGUCUCAUCCUAUGGUUGGUGAGGCCUGGGAUGCUUUGAGGCGCUCAAUGGUAUACUUCCGUGGACAACCUGUUGGGACUAUUGCUGCUGUGGAUAAUUCUGAAGAAAAACUCAACUAUGAUCAGGUGUUCGUGAGAGAUUUUGUACCAAGUGCUUUAGCAUUCUUGAUGAAUGGAGAGCCAGAUAUAGUUAAAAACUUCCUUUUAAAGACUCUUCGUCUUCAAUCGUGGGAGAAAAAGAUUGAUAGAUUCCAGCUUGGUGAGGGAGUUAUGCCUGCUAGCUUCAAGGUUUUCCAUGAUCCUGUUAGAAACCACGAAACGCUGAUAGCUGAUUUUGGCGAGAGUGCAAUUGGAAGAGUAGCGCCGGUUGAUUCAGGAUUCUGGUGGAUUAUACUGCUCAGAGCCUACACAAAAUCUACAGGGGACUCUUCUCUUGCUGACAUGCCUGAAUGCCAGAAGGGUAUCCGGCUGAUACUAAGCCUGUGUCUGUCUGAGGGAUUUGAUACCUUUCCCACUCUCUUAUGCGCUGAUGGUUGCUGUAUGAUUGAUCGUAGGAUGGGAGUUUAUGGUUACCCGAUAGAGAUUCAAGCCCUUUUCUUUAUGGCCUUAAGGUGUGCCUUGCUCCUGCUUAAACAUGACGGAGAAGGUAAGGAAAUGGUGGAACAGAUAGUUAAGCGACUUCAUGCAUUGAGCUACCACAUGAGGAGCUACUUUUGGCUAGACUUGAAGCAGCUUAAUGACAUUUACCGAUAUAAGACAGAGGAAUACUCUCACACUGCUGUCAACAAGUUCAACGUAAUCCCUGAUUCUCUUCCAGAAUGGGUUUUCGACUUUAUGCCGCCUCAUGGAGGUUUUUUUAUUGGCAAUGUUAGCCCUGCAAGAAUGGAUUUCCGUUGGUUUGCUUUGGGUAAUUGUAUAGCAAUAUUGUCUUCCUUGGCUACUCCCGAACAGUCAACAGCAAUUAUGGAUCUCAUAGAAUCUCGCUGGGAAGAGUUGGUUGGAGAAAUGCCACUGAAAGUUUGCUAUCCCGCAAUAGAAAGCCACGAAUGGAGAAUAGUAACUGGUUGUGACCCCAAAAACACUCGAUGGAGCUACCACAAUGGAGGAUCCUGGCCAGUGCUGCUAUGGCUUCUGACGGCUGCUUGUAUCAAAACUGGUCGACCUCAAAUAGCAAGACGAGCAAUUGAAGUAGCAGAGGCUAGGCUCCAUAAGGACCAUUGGCCUGAAUACUAUGAUGGAAAGGUAGGGAGAUACGUGGGGAAACAGUCGCGUAAAAACCAGACUUGGUCAAUCGCCGGAUACUUAGUAGCCAAGAUGAUGCUGGAAGAUCCGUCACAUGUUGGUAUGGUUUGUCUUGAGGAAGACAAACAGAUGAAGCCCGUUAUGAGAAGAUCCAACUCCUGGACUUGUUGAAAACGUUAGAAAGAGAUGAGCUAAGAAGAACCUUCUUCGUGAUUCCUGGUUUUUAAUGCUGAUAACGACUCUUUCUUCGUUUUUCAGUUGCACAUUUUACGUUGUUUGCUUUGUGAAAUAUUUUUUAGACUAUGAAAAAGAUUUAAGCAUCGUAAAAAAUAUUUCGUAUGUUUAGCUU